UGUUGCGGUGGGCGGAGGCUCGCGUUCCUUACAUACUGAGGACCAGUUUGACAGGAAACUUUCCACAGCAAAGGAGGUACAGGAAAUAAGCUAUCUAGCAGGAUCCAGAUGAUCAUAUUCUUUUGAGGCUCCCUCAAUCAAAACCCAGCGACAAGCCGCAACCUGCAUUGAUUCCUGCAUUGAUUCCAAAAACUGAGUUUAACUACAAAGGAACAAGGAACAUUUAUCUCCGACUUCUGCUUGCUAACUGAUUUAUAUUAGACAAUGUGCAGAUGACUGUAUAUGAUGAUUUUGUUGCCCAGCUGAAUACAACAUUUUGACACCCUAAAAUCAGAUUAAAACAGAAAUCUGUGGACUUAAAUUAGUGGAUAUUUCAGUGUAUCUGCACGUAAAUUGUUCAUGUAGGGUCAUAACUAGACAUAAAAGGAAAAUAUAUUGCACCUGGAUAAAACAGUGCUACGCAGUGCUAGAACAACAGUUAAUUUUGUUCGGUUAAAGAUCUACAAAAGUGCUCAAACAUGGCUGCUACCAUGGCAGCGGCAGACAUCAUCGUUGUAGUUAUCUACUUCAUCCUGGUGCUAGCGAUCGGUUUCUUUGCCAUGUGGAAAGCCAAUAAGAGCACAGUGAGUGGCUACUUCCUCGCUGGACGCUCCAUGAAUUGGGCGGCUGUAGGAGCAUCUCUAUUCGUCAGCAACAUAGGAAGCGAGCAUUUCAUUGGACUAGCUGGAUCAGGUGCUGCUAGCGGGUUGAGCGUGGCUGCAUGGGAAUUAAAUGCUCUAUUAUUGCUCCAGUUAUUAGGCUGGAUAUUUAUCCCUGUGUAUAUUCAGUCCGGAGUCUACACCAUGCCGGAGUACCUGUCCAAACGGUUUGGCGGGAACCGACUGAAAGUGUAUUUUGCAGCGUUAUCUCUCAUCCUCUACAUCUUCACCAAAUUGUCCGUGGAUCUCUAUGCCGGUGCCUUGUUCAUUCAGGAAUCCUUAGGGUGGAACCUCUAUCUGUCAAUCAUCGUCCUCAUCACCAUGACAGCUUUGCUGACAGUAACUGGAGGUCUGGCUGCUGUCAUCUACACGGAUACGGUCCAGGCAUUCCUCAUGAUCGCUGGAGCACUCUGCCUCACAGGCAUCAGCCUCUUCAAAGUGGGAGGACUUGAAGGGGUGAGGACCAAGUACAUGCAGGCUGCUCCAAAUAUCACUGCCAUCUUGCUGUCUUCAUCCAACCUGACAUAUUCUGAAUCCUGCCACCUCCACCUAAACCCAAAGCCAGAUGCUCUGAAGAUACUUCGAGGCCCAAGGGAUCCAGACCUGCCUUGGCCUGGUUUCUUACUGGGCCAGACUCCUGCCUCUAUUUGGUACUGGUGUGCAGAUCAAGUAAUCGUACAGCGGGUUCUGGCAGCGAAGAACAUUGCCCAUGCCAAAGGCUCUACUAUCAUGGCUGGCUUUCUGAAAAUCCUCCCCAUGUUCAUCAUUGUCAUCCCAGGGAUGAUUUCCAGGAUCUUUUUUGCUGAUCAGUUGGCGUGUAUCAGCCCAGAGCACUGCAUGGAAGUGUGCCGUUCUGCGAGUGGCUGUAGCAACGUGGCUUACCCACGGCUCGUCAUGUUUGUGAUGCCCGUUGGUCUCCGCGGCCUUAUGAUGGCCGUCAUGAUUGCAGCUCUAAUGAGCGACUUGGACUCCAUCUUCAACUCCGCAAGCACCAUAUUCACAUUGGAUAUUUACAAGAUGCUACGAAAGCAGGUGUCAUCCAGGGAGCUGGUGAUAGUCGGCAGGUUUUUUGUGGUUUUCAUGGUGGUCAUCAGCAUUGCCUGGGUGCCAGUCAUCAUCGAGAUGCAGGGAGGCCAGAUGUUCUAUUACAUCCAAGAAGUAACAGAUUACCUGACUCCACCAAUAGCGGCCCUCUUCUUGCUUGCCAUACUGUGGCGUCGCUGCAAUGAGACAGGUGCCUUCUGGGGUGGGAUGGUAGGGUUUGCCCUUGGAGUAUUGCGUCUGAUUUUGGCAUUGGUUUACCGCGAGCCUCACUGCGAUCAGCCUGAUGAGCGGCCAUCUUUCAUCAAAGAUGUUCAUUUCAUGUAUGUGGCAGCCAUCUUGUUUUGGGUGUCAGCCUCUGUGGUUGUAGUUGUGAGUCUCUGCACUCCUCCGCCCAGAAACGAACAAAUCAAAACCACUACCCUGUGGGGGUUAAACAAGAGAAGGAGACUAAAACCGCAAGAAAAAGAGAAAGCUGGAGAAGAUAUCACUGCUUUGAAGCCUCUAAACCAUGCAACCCUAAAUGGAAACAGUUUGCUCAGUAAAGAAAAGUGUCAAGACCAGCCAGACGAGCUCAGUGGCAUUGAGGCCAGUCAUGAAAAUGCUCAACCAAGCAAUGUUCAUGCUAUCACAGCCAGUGAAAAAGAAACACACCUUCCAAUCCAGAAUGGUUGCCACUUACAGAUUCCUGACCUUAAAAUGCUAGAAGAGGGAGGAGGGAGAGGAGGGAGGGUUGGAGAGGAGGAAGAGGAAGGCUGCCGAGGAGGAGGAGGAGGAGGAGGAGGAGGAGUAGAGGGUGGGAGGUGUAUGAAGGCUUUAGAGUGUUUCUGUGGCUUCCAGGAGAAGCAGUCCGAAGCUCCGGUCAUUACAGUCCAGGAACAGGAGAAAAUCGUGGAUGAACUUCUCCAUGAACCUCCACUAACCAGAAUCAUUCUGAACACAGGACUGGUGGUGAUUUGCUCUGUCGGGAUCUUUCUCUUUAUCUAUUUCUCCGUAUAGGCUCAUUUAAUUCCAGG